AUGCCCUUCGUCCAGGCCAACAACCACCGCCUCCACUACGCCGACUCGCACCCCGCCGGCCCUCCCGCCACAACCGGCCUGACCUUCCUCUUCAUCCAUGGCCUGGGUUCCUCACAGAACUACUAUUUCCCCGUGCUCCCCCACCUCACCGCCACCCACCGCUGCAUCACCCUCGAUACAUACGGGGCUGCCCGCUCGCCGUACACCAAUGACCCGGUGUCGAUCCCCGCCAUCGCCCAGGAUGUCGUCGGCGUGCUGGACGCGCUGAAGAUCGCGCGGGCCGUCGUGGUCGGCCACUCGAUGGGCGGGAUUGUCGUAACAGAGCUGGGCGCGCGGUUCCCAGAUCGCGUGCAGGGCGUCGUGGCUAUUGGGCCGACGCAUCCGUCGGAGACGUUGGUGUCGGUGAUGGGGAAGAGGGCCGACACGGUUUUGGAGGCCGGAAUGGAACCAAUGGCCAAUACCAUCCCCUCCGCUGCCGUCGGCUCGCGCGCCACCCCGCUCCAGAAAGCUUUUAUCCGGGAGCUGCUGCUCGGCCAGGAUCCGCGGGGCUACGCCGCGCUGUGUCGUGCCAUCGCCAGCGCCCAGCCACCCGACUAUGCUGCCGUGCGCGUCCCGUUCCUGCUCAUUGCCGGCGACGAAGAUAAGUCUGCGGCUAUGGAGGGGUGCCGGCAUAUCUUUGAGCGGGUGUCGAGCAAGCACAAGGAGCUGGAGGUGUUGAAGAGUGUCGGGCACUGGCAUUGUAUCGAGGCGAGUGAGGAUGUCGGCGGACUGGUUGCUCGGUUUGCGGGGGAGGUUGCGACGUAUACCCUAGAGGGGAGUAAGGCUGAUGCGGCUUAA